GGCAGCCUCUCUGUGACAUUCUGCUUCAACUUGACUCAGAGCAGCUCAUUCAGCUAAGCCCAGGAAAAGUUCCUUCCUUUGCUGUUUCUUUGGUUCUUGAAUCAGAUUCCUACAAACUCAUUUGUGACAGAGGAAGGAUGCUCUGCAGCUUGAGGAUACCUCUCUCAUGUGGACUCAGAGGGGCUGUUUUCGGACGCGUGAUGGGAACAUGAUGCUGUGCUCUGCGCCUCUUGAGCAGGGAUGGCCGAAGCCUUCUGGUGUCCACCCCCCUCCUCCUCCUUCUCAUCUGUCUCUGAGCUCACACUUUUCCCCCGAAUCUCCCUGGCAUGCGAGGUCAAGUCAGCAGGCUCCCUGAAACCACCUCAAUCCUGCCACCGACUGCGCUGCGAUCCUGUUCCUCUGUGCCACACUUGACCUGAAGGCUUCCCAGGCAAAACAAAGGGAUUAACCAUGAACUUUGCUCAGACCAGCGGCCACAGCUCUGAUGAAAAGUCAACUAAGAUCUUCAUCACGAUGAAAAAUCAAGAAAACCUAGUCAUGGUUGGACGCCAAUAAAACUCAAGACCAUGGAAGGAGAAAAUGUACUGAACUCCACUGCGAACAGCAGUACGACUGAUAUCCACCUGGUGUCACACAGUCUGUGGGAGGUGAUCACCAUUGCAACUGUAUCGGCCAUAGUCAGCCUCAUUACCAUUGUGGGGAAUGUUCUGGUCAUGAUCUCCUUCAAAGUCAACAGCCAGCUAAAGACUGUGAACAAUUACUACCUGUUGAGUCUGGCAGCUGCAGACCUCAUCAUAGGUGUUUUCUCCAUGAACCUGUAUACCUCUUAUAUACUGAUGGGCUACUGGGCCUUAGGAAACAUUUCCUGUGAUCUGUGGUUGGCUGUGGACUAUGUAGCCAGCAAUGCAUCGGUCAUGAACUUGUUGGUGAUCAGUUUUGACAGAUAUUUCUCCAUCACCAGGCCUCUGACCUACAGGGCCAAACGGACGCCCAGGCGAGCUGGGAUAAUGAUCGGUUUAGCCUGGAUGGUGUCGCUCAUUCUGUGGGCUCCACCGAUACUAUGCUGGCAGUACUUUAUAGGGAAAAGAACCGUCCCUGAGAGGCAAUGCCAGAUCCAGUUUUUCUCUGAGCCUGUAAUAACUUUCGGGACAGCAAUUGCAGCCUUUUAUAUCCCUGUGUCAGUCAUGACAAUCCUCUACUGUCGAAUCUACAAGGAGACAGAAAAGAGGACCAAAGAUCUGGCUGAGCUUCAGGGGAUUAACUAUGCCACAGACUCUGGGGUCUCUCAGCCUCCAAAGACCAUUAUCAAAUCCUGCUUCAGUUAUAAACUAAAAUCGGCCUCGCACGACAGGAACACAGCAUCUUGGUCGUCUUCCAGCAGGAGCAACGCUGCCAAAUCAGCAGCCACCACCAAUGAUGAGUGGUCCAAAGCAGGUCAGCUAACCACCUUUAACAGCUACGCAUCCUCAGAGGACGAGGACAGGCCUGUGUCUCCGGGAGGCUUCCAGGCCUCAUUCAGGAACCAGGCUUGUGAGACUGGCAAGAGUGUGGUGGGCCACGAGAGCGAGCAGCUCAGCAGCUACGACGACGACAGCUACUUCCAGACACCACCGAAAAGCAACUCUCAGAAGAGCGGCAAGUGCGUUUCAUACAAGUUCAAACCUAUGGCCAAAGAAGCUCAAGCGGAGCACCCGGUCAAGAACGGUGACACCAAGAUGGCAUCGUCCACGUUUUCCUCAGCCGAGUCCAUGAGCAUCCCAUCCACGUCCUCGACGUCCAAGCCCAUCGACGCCACGCUGAAGAACCAGAUCACCAAGAGGAAGAGGAUGGUGUUGAUCAAGGAGAGGAAGGCAGCCCAGACUCUCAGCGCCAUCCUGCUGGCAUUCAUUCUGACAUGGACGCCGUAUAACAUCAUGGUGCUGAUUUCCACCUUCUGCUCAGACUGUAUCCCCCUCUCCCUCUGGCAUCUUGGCUACUGGCUGUGCUACGUGAACAGCACCGUCAACCCCAUGUGCUACGCCCUGUGUAACAAGAAUUUUCAGAAGACCUUUCGCAUGCUCUUACUCUGCCAGUGGAGGAAGAAAAGGAUAGAGGAGAAACUUUACUGGUACGGACAGAACCCUGUGGUCAACUCCAAACUGGCAUGAACUAUUGUUUUUUUUUUUAAUGGCGUAUGAAGAAGGCUGUAAAUUACGUGUUCCUUCUGAUAAUCUUGGCUAUAUAAACUUGAAUUCUACAUAGAAAAAUAUAAAUAUUAAACUAAGACGCUUAUCAAAUUUGUAGUUUUCCUAAAAUCAAUAGUGUAAGUGAAUUACUGCUCGACCUUUGAAAAUUGAAGACCCAAUAAUUGUCCGAAUACACAAACUAUUAAUAAUGAUCUAAUCAGAUUCAAAUAUAUUGAAAGCAUCAGUAUUCCCCCUUAAAUUGGCGCUUAUACACAAAAUGACAAGGAUUAACACGCAGAUUAUUUCAUAUUAUACUGUAUUUGUAUUCCAGCUGCACUGUUGAAUAUAUGAGCACCUAAUAAAAUGGGUAUAACCUAAUAACUGUCGCUUUUCAAUGGUUCAAACUGUUAAAAUGUCCAAUUUCCCCUCAAAGAUGAACGUAAUAUUA